AUGGCAGCGCUCAGUGACAUUCUGUCUGCUGGACUCAUAGAAAAAGACACAAAUGGUGAUGUGCUGUGGACAUGGUGUUAUCCCUCAGUGACACAUGAGCUCAGGGAGCUAUACAUUAGAAAGUGUGGCUUAUCAUCUGACAAACAAGAGUUAUUGCCCUUUGUAUACAGUCAGUGGCGAAGGACCUGGUAUUACAUAUAUAAUUGUCAUGUGGAGGAAAAUGACAAUCUACCAAAGGUGACAGAUUUCUCACUGGUUCUUACAGCCAAAGAUUUCAACCCAGAGAAAUAUGAAGCCCUGUGUAAAAUAUUCACCAAGCAAUACAGAAAGACGGGAAACCCAGCUAAUAUGUUAGAGAGUUACCUGUCUGUCAUCACAAAAGGGACGUGCAAUGGAGAAGAAAAUGGGACAUUUACUUUAGCAAACUUUGAUCAUCGACAAGCUUAUGCUAAUGGUCCCAUGAGGAAUGUCAUAGAAACAUUUGGGGUGGAAACCAUUUUAAUAUACACAGCUUUACUCCUACGAAAGAAAUUAGUUGUUUACCAUCCGCAUUUGGAGGACUUACUGAUGUUUAUAAGAAUUCUACCUGCCUUUGUUUGGCAUAGGCAGGAUUGGUCCAUUCUCUUCCCUUAUCUCAGCUUAGAUGGAAAAGAUUUAGACAACUUAAAAUCUAAUACAGCCUAUGUAGCAGGCUUUACUGAUGUGUCAGUUGAAAGUAGAACAGAUCUGUAUGACGUAUACAUUGGGUUAGCAGAUCGACAAAUAGAGAUAUCACCUGCUGCUAAAGAAUCCUUUGCUAUGGGGAAGUUGCAUAAGGACAUGGCCAUAGCUAUGGUUCAGUCCGUGGAAGACGACCAGAAAUCCAACCAGCAGAUAAUUAAGGAUAUUUCAGUGAAAACGAAGGAACUAUUGAACAACCUUAAAACCUUGGCAACAGAACAUGAAGAUGGACAGUCCUACAUCACAUUGGAGCGAUUAAAAGACAGAAAAAUGCCGGCUGCAACAGAAAACUUUCUGUACACGUUAGCUGUGUGUGAAGGUCUGGUAAAAUUAUAAAACAUGGAACAGUUUAUCUGCUUUUUCAGUCUAAUAUUCAUCAGGUUACAACAAAGAGAGUCAUGUUCUACUUGUAUAGGACUCCUGUUCAAUUAUAAUCUGUAACUUGAGGUUUAUAAUACAAGGUUUGGUUUCAUCCACAUUAAAUAUAUACCCGUCUAGUAAGUGAAGAAUUCUUAAGCACAGCAUUCAAUACCAAUCAAAAAAAUAUAAUACAGUGUGUACUUAGAUUUUAGGAAAUGGUUUCACAACUUCAAGAGGGCAACAAGUGUUGAGUGAAUAAAACAGAAACUCCAAGUUGAAAACUUCAGGAUUUCCUCCUGCCUGUAAAAUGGUUUUAAACACUCAAGCAGCAAGCACACAAGCAUUUUAGUACUGUAAGUACAUUGAUGGGUAUAGGGAGCCAGCUGUGGUUUAGCGAUUAGACACAGAUUCGUUUGUCGGUUCAAACGUAUUCCCCGGCUCUCACUGCUUGUGGGGGCCUUGGUGACAGGAAGCAGUGGAUGACGCUCGUAUGACUGUUUACAAAGUCAGUUUGUUAAAGACUACUGUCUUCCACAAGUGUGGUGUGCACAUCUGCAAGUAACGAGGGAAGGUUUGUAACUUGCCAAAUGUCGGUGGUUUAUGCUGGGCACUCAGGGUUCCCUCCAUCCAUAAAACUGACUGCCAUUGUAUAAGUGAAAAACUCUGGAGUAUGCAGCCAUCAAAUAAAUGAAUAUUGAUGCAUAUUGCUUGUCACUGGUGAGGAAUAUCAGCCUCUCAUUCAAUCUUGUACAGUGGUUUUGUCAGUGAGAGAAGAUCUUCUAUUGCUUGUAUGUGUGUGGAAUAUUUUGUGAUAAAUUCCAGGUCACAGUUAAACUGGUGGCAAUGUUAGCCAUGGUUAGCCUCUAAUAUGGUGCCACCUCAGUUGUCUUGGAGUAACUUUGGUUAAAAUUUAUCAGUACUAUGUUUCAAGAAAGAUUCAUCAUUUUAUUUAAAAACAUGGUUGUCAGGCGGUUUUGUCUGAAUAAGCAGGCAUUAUUCUAGAACCACAGUUCAUACUUUUUGGCUGGAAACAUUAAAAGGAAUGGAUUUUGAUAUAAUCUGCAAAAUGAGACCAUUUAUUUGAAGGGUUUUAGACUUCCAUUUCUGUAAUUUAGGUCCCUUCCCCUGUCAGGGCAUAACUACCUGAUAAAGGAAUAUAAACCCUGUAGCACGAAUCCAUGUCAAACAUGUACAGUGUUGUGAUAAUCAGAUCUGUGAUAUUUAUUAUGUGCUAACAUCUUAAAAUAAUAUAAAUAACUGACAGUAUGACUUGGCAUUCUCGACAUUUAAGUGAAAAUUCAUCACAUAUUGUAUUAACUAAAAUUUGAUUUGAUUUGAUUGGUGUUUUACGCAGCACUCAAGAAUAUUUCACUUCCACAACGGCGCCCAGCAUUAUGGUGGGAGGAAACCGGACAGAGCCAGAGGGAAACCCAAACAUCCGCAGGUUGCUGCAGACCUUUAUUAAUUAAAAGCAUACAUCAUUAAUCCAGAGUUAGACCUGCAGUUAACCAUGUCCAUGUAUAUUGCCUAAAGAUAAGAUCAAGAGUUUGUGUAUAUGUAAAUGUUGCAGCAGUCAAAACAAUUCAUUAGAUAUAGUAGUGAAAAGUUUGCAUCUAAAGCUGUUAAAAAAACAUAUUACCAAUUCCUGAAUUUGAACCAGACUCUGUCUACUGUUGGAUAUUGUGGAGAGAACUUCAACAACAUAAAUGUUCAUCAUUAAGUUAGAUCUCCAGUGCGAAUACAUCUACUAUCACAAAAUCACACUAAUGUGGUAUUCAAGUAGAUUUGUUCUCAUAUAUAUCUGUAAUCAUGGAAAUCAUGGAGCAACAGCUACUGCUUUGCACAAAUAUGCUUUUUACAUAUUUCGUAAAUGUAUGAACAUGUAUUCUUGUAAAUAUAACUUCUAUUACCUAGUAUGUAACCUUG